GUUUCAAUGCCAUCAAAAGUUUUGAACCCUCCAAGCCUUUCUUCUUCACCCCUAGUAGCUCCUCUUCUUUUUAUCUCCAUUGAGAAUCAAGUCCUUCUGGAGGGCGCGCACGCCGCCCAUAGUGCGUGUGUGCCAUCUACCCUUUUCCACUAUGGCACUCACCACUCUUGGGAAGAAUAAUAACACAACAUUAUUGUUCAUCACAUUCUUUAUAUUGUCAUGUGUUGUUGAAUCAUCUUAUGCUGCUUCUGACUCUGAAAUACUCCUCAAGGUUAAGGAGAGUCUACAAAGCAGUAAAAAUAAUGCAUUUCUGUCAUCAUGGAACACAUCAUCAUCUCCUUGUAAUGGUGAUCAUGCAAAUUGGUUUGGUGUUCGUUGUUAUCAAGGUAAAUUGUGGGGUUUGAAGCUUGAAAAUAUGGGGCUAUCAGGGGUCAUUGAUGUUGACUCUCUUAGGGAGUUACCAUUUCUUAGAACAAUUAGUUUCAUGAAUAAUGAUUUUGAUGGUGAUUGGCCUGAGAUUAACAAGCUUGUUGGUCUUAAAUCAAUUUACCUUUCAAAUAACAAGUUUUCAGGGGAAAUUCCUAUGGAAACUUUUGAGGGUAUGCAAUGGUUGAAGAAAAUUCAUUUGUCAAAUAAUCAGUUUACAGGUCUUAUUCCAUCUUCUGUGGUUUUGUUGCCAAAGCUUGUGGAGUUGAGAUUGGAUGGAAACAAAUUCACUGGUCCUCUUCCUCAUCUUAGACAAUCCAAAUUGAAAUCUUUCAGCGUAGCUAAUAAUCAGUUGCAGGGCCAAAUUCCUACAACUCUUAGUAAAAUCGCCGCUUCUGCCUUUGCUGGCAAUGAAGAUUUAUGUGGAACCCCAUUGGCAGCAUGUCCUUCAAAGAAACCUUCAAUUGCAAGUAUUUGUGUGGUUGUUGUGGUUGUUUGUGUGGCACUGAUAGUAAUUGCAGUUGCUGUGAUAUUCAUCCUUCAUCAAAGAAGAAAGCGAGGACCAUCAUCGUCUCUAGACAAUCCGCCUUCGGGCGCGCACAACAACAAAGUAGGACGUGUGAGGGACGUUGGUAAUGAAAGUCAUAGAUCAUCAAGAUCAAUAAGUUCCAACCAUAGUAGAAGAGGUGAUCACAUGAAGUUGUCUUUUAUAAGAGAUGACAGAGAGAGGUUUGAUUUGCAAGAGUUGUUGAGAGCCUCAGCUGAGAUUUUGGGAAGUGGUUGUUAUAGUUCUUCUUAUAAAGCUUCUUUGAUGAAUGGACCAACAAUAGUGGUAAAGAGGUUCAAGCAAAUGAAUAAUGUAGGGAAGGAAGAGUUUCAAGAACACAUGAGAAGGAUAGGAAAGUUGAAUCAUCCUAAUCUCAUUCCUCUUGUGGCUUACUAUUAUAGAAAGGAAGAGAAGCUUUUGGUUACUGACUUUGUUCAGAAUGGAAGCCUCGCCGUUCGCCUUCAUGGACACCAAGCUCUUGGAGAACCAAGCCUUGAUUGGCCAAUAAGGUUGAAGAUAGUGAAAGGCAUAGCAAGAGGACUUGAAUAUCUAUACAAGGAUAUGCCAAGUCUAAUAGCACCUCAUGGAAAUCUGAAAUCAGCAAAUGUUCUUCUAACUCAAACAUUUGAGCCACUCCUCACUGACUAUGGAUUAGUCCCAGUUACAAACCAAGAAAUGGCCAAGGACAUAAUGGUAAUUUACAAAUCACCUGAAUAUUUACAACAAGGAAGAAUCACAAAGAAAAGUGAUGUUUGGUGUCUUGGAAUACUAAUUAUUGAGAUUCUAACUGGAAAAUUCCCUGCUACCUUUUUACAACAAGGUAAAGGAAGUGAGGUGAGUUUAGCAAAUUGGGUUGAUUCAGUUGUACCUGAGGAGUGGAAUAGUUCAGUUUUUGAUAAAGAAAUGGGUGCAACAAUUAAUGGGGAAGGUGAAAUGGUAAAACUUUUGAAGAUAGCAGUGAGUUGUUGUGAAGGUGAUGUGGAUAAGAGAUGUGAUUUGAAAGAAGCUGUAGAGAAAAUCCAAGAAAUUAAUGAGAGGGAUAGUGAGGAGUUUUAUACAGCUGAUAUGAAAUGAAAUUAAAACAAACAAACAAACAUAAAAUGUUCAUGUUGAAUAUUUGAGAUUACCUUAGUUAUUUUCAUAUCCCUUUUAAAAACACUGCCACAUAUAAAUAUUAAGAUAUGGAUUUACCCAGGGCAUAUAUUCUUUUCUCUUAAUCAUUUUAUCAUAUGAUGUAAUCAUGAAGGAAAAUGCUUCUUGUCACCAACAAUAUGUUCACAAAAAGAUCAUGAUAGAGAGAGCAAGUAAAUGUCUCAAUUCAUCUACAUAUGUAUUCUCUGUCAAAAACAAAAUCUAAUGAUUUAUAUUUGUCAUAUUUGUCUCAAAGACAAAUACAAGUGCUCUCUCUAGGAAGAAUUGAAAGAAAAUAAAUGAAGGGAAAGGAAUAUGGCAUUUUGUGGUUGAUGUUUUACUUUUUGAUUAACAUCUUUUUUGGAUUUGAUUGUAGUAACAAGGUUAACAAAAGCUUGUACUGUUUUUCACUUUUGUUCAACAAAGAUGUAUAGAAUGCAGAAUCUGUAUUCUCUCAACUUAAC